UGUAGUUCGCCGCGACUCUUGCAAGUGCGAUUCAUGUUAUCCUCCGCAGAAGUUUACCUCGCGACACAACUGAAGAUCGCUCGUUAAUUAUCAAGGAACAUCUCGACUGUCGAUAAGGGGAAAGAUGUCUCUGUUAAAAGAUAGCUCGCUUAUGGAUAGACUCCUAACCACCAUACAGUCGUAUCACGAGAAGGAAGAGGAGGAACAUCAUCACGAUGAUGGGAAUACGUCGAGCGUACUGAUCGCGAAGGGGGUCACUAUGGUCAUCUUGUGCACAGUAAGCAUUUGCAUGGGCAUUCUACCGAUGCAACUGGCAAAGUGCUUGAAAUGGAACACCACCGAUGUUGAGAAUCCUAGGUCAAUAAAACUGGUCAGCGUGCUUCUGGGAUUUGGCGGUGGAGUUCUAUUCUGUACGACGUUUCUUCAUCUACUGCCGGAAGUGAAGGAAGGGGUCGAACAUCUGACGGAAGAAGGCAAACUUCCUGAACUUUCUUUCUCAUUGGCCGAGAUGUUUCUUUGUACCGGGUUCUUUAUCAUGUAUUUGGUGGAAGAAUCAGUGCACACGUAUAUUAGAGCGAGGAAGGUCAAUAGAGAAGAAAGUUCGAACAAGGACGUUAGUAGGAGCACCAAUGAAUUGGUUGAAGAUGGAAAAACACCGCCAAAUUGCGCCAGCGGACGUUCACACUAUAACGGCCACGGCCAUUCGCAUCACUUACCAGUUAUAAUGGAUGAGAAAAAUGAGUUCAUAAUAAGCUCUCUACGAGGAUUAUUAAUAGUUUUGGGUUUAUCCGUGCAUGAAUUAUUUGAAGGACUCGCUAUCGGGCUAGAAAGUUCAGCCUCUUACGUUUGGUACAUGUUUGUGGCAGUGGCGGCACACAAAUUCGUGAUAGCAUUUUGCAUUGGCGUGGAGCUAAUAGCCUCCAAAACUAGGAGGUAUCUUUCGGUGAUCUAUGUCUGCACAUUCGCGGUCGUUUCUCCUUUAGGGAUCGGUAUAGGAAUGUUUCUAGUUGGUGGGGAAAGCGCCGCCACCAAUGGCAUAGUUCCUGUAUUACUGCAGGGUUUAGCAUCUGGCACGUUAUUAUACGUGGUAUUCUUCGAGAUUCUCCGCGAGCAUAGAAGCGGUCUCCUUCAAUACUUAUCGAUUCUCUUUGGGUUCGUCGUGAUGUUUGCCCUGCAGAUAAUCAGUGAGUAUAAAAUUUCUUCUCAGCUAAAACUUAAGAGUAUCCCUAGGACAAACUCUAGUACACAAUUGAAAAUUCCGUGUAGUCGAGUUCAAUGCAAACAGUCGAAGGUUAGGCGCAAAGUUGAAAUUAUCGUUCCUCGAUUAGAGACUUUUCAUAAACGUUUGCCGCAACAAUACGAGAAACAUUUUAACCGUAAUAAGCAAUGA